AUGGGCGAACAGUCGGUGGACUACGGAAACCUAAACCCUCCACGCCGUCGACGGGCGCGCGACCGCGGGGGCGGGCCUAGGCGAACCCUCGAUUCGCGCUCGGGCGCACACGUCGACGUCGCGCGCCCGUCGCUCGAGAUGCUCUCCGCGACGUCUUCCAUCGGUUACGGAACCACCGCGCGCGCGCGAUCGCGCGCGGGCGUCCCGCGCGGGCGCGGGGGUCUUCACGUGUGCGCGAACGCCAAGGUGGAUGCGUGCGAUAAAAAGUCCAUCAUCGUGAGCCCGUCGAUUCUGAGCGCGAACUUUGCAAAGCUCGGGGAAGAGAUCGAGGCGAUCGAUAAGGCUGGCGCGGAGUGGGUGCACGUGGACGUCAUGGACGGCCGAUUCGUGCCGAACAUCACGAUCGGACCGCUCGUCGUCGAUGCGAUUCGCCCGGUGACGGAUAAGGUGCUCGACUGCCACUUGAUGAUCGUCGAACCGGAGCUCCGCGUUGCGGACUUCGCGAAGGCGGGGGCGGAUAUCAUCUCCGUUCACGCCGAAGGCGCGGCGACGAUUCACUUGCACCGAACGAUCAACCAGAUCAAGGAUCUUGGAUGCAAGGCGGGCGUCGUCCUGAACCCGGGGACGCCGAUUUCCGUCCUCGACUACAUCAUCGAAGAGGUCGACUUGAUCCUCGUCAUGUCCGUCAACCCGGGCUUCGGUGGUCAAUCCUUCAUCGAGUCUCAGGUUGAGAAGAUCGCGAAGAUCAAGGCAAUGUGCGACGCCAAGGGUGUGAACCCGUGGAUCGAGGUUGACGGAGGCGUCUCCCCGGCGAACGCGUACAAGGUCAUCGAGGCGGGCGCGAACGCCCUCGUCGCCGGCUCUGCCGUGUUCAAGUCCGACGAUUACGCCAAGGCGAUCGCGGGUAUUAAGGCCUCUAAGCGACCGGGUGCGUGA